AUGGCGAUUCGUCUUCCUUUGAUCUGUCUUCUUGUUUCAGUGACGGCGAUUGCGGCUGAUUUAACACCGGAGCGUUAUUGGAACACUGCCUUACCAAACACUCCCAUUCCAAACUCUCUCCGCCAGCUUUUUACCCCCGAUUUUAACGACGAGAAAAGCAUCGGCGUCCAAGUAGGAAUAGGAGGCGUGAUCGUUAACACCGGAAGAGGUAAGCCCGGCGGAGGAACCGCCGUGAGUGUUGGAAAAGGAGGUGUGCACGUGGACACCGGAAAGAGUAAGGGAACACACGUGAACGUUGGAAAAGGAGGUGUGAACGUGGACACCGGCAAGGGUAAGGGAACACACGUAAGCGUUGGCGGCGGAAAAGGCCACGGCGGCGGCGUUGGCGUCCACACCGGGAAACCGGGAAAGAGAACCGACGUAGGAGUGGGUAAAGGCGGCGUGAUAGUGCACACGCGCCACAAGGGCAAGCCAGUCUACGUUGGUGUGAAACCAGGACCAAACCCUUUUGUGUAUAACUACGCAGCGAGCGAGACUCAGCUCCACGAUGAUCCCAAAGCCGCUCUCUUCUUCUUGGAGAAAGACAUGGUUCCCGGAAAAGCCAUGAACCUCAGGUUUAAUGCGGAGGACGGUUACAACGGUAAAACGGCGUUCUUGCCACGUGGGGAGGCGGAAACGGUGCCGUUUGGGUCGGAGAAGUUUUCUGAGAUCUUGAACACUUUCUCCGUCAAACCCGGUUCCGGAGAAGCGGAGAUGAUGAAGAAGACGAUCGAGGAGUGUGAAGCGAAAAGAGUCGGUGGAGAGGAGAAGUACUGUGCGACGUCUUUGGAGUCGAUGGUCGACUUUAGCGUUUCUAAACUUGGCAAAGAUCGCGUACGUGCGGUUUCCACAGAGGUGGCUGAGAAGAACGCACCGAUGCAGAAGUACAAAAUCGCGGCGGCUGGAGUAAAGAAGUUGUCGGACGACAAGUCAGUGGUGUGUCACAAACAGAAGUACCCAUUCGCGGUGUUCUACUGCCACAAGGCGAUGAUGACGACCGUUUACGCGGUUCCGCUCGAAGGAGAGAACGGUCUGCGAGCUAAAGCGGUUGCGGUGUGCCACAAGAACACAUCGGCUUGGAACCCAAACCACUUGGCCUUCAAAGUCCUUAAGGUGAAGCCAGGGACCGUUCCGGUCUGCCAUUUCCUCCCUGAGACCCAUGUUGUUUGGUUCAGCUACUAG